GUUCAAUUCACAUUCACACACUUUACAAAAGAUAUGAGAAAAGGGGGAUUUAAACAAUAGGAAAUUUCAAUAUUUUUCUCAAACCAUUAAAAUGAAUCAUUAUCCUGUGCAGUGACUAUUAAAAGCAGUUUGUACGGAUGCGUUUUAAAGAAACAUGGUUGUGAAAUGGCUUCGUUCGCGUUAGUUCAGCAUUAGUAAAAAAAUAUUAGGAAGCUCGCAAAAUUCAUGACAUGGGAAUUUGCUCAAGAAGAUACUUUUUCCUAUCGAUAUGCUUACUGCAGAUGAUAACAGUAGUCGAAAGACAGGUGUUUGACUUCUUGGGUUUCCUGUGGAUUCCAAUAUUAGUCAAUUUCUUCGAAAUCAUAUUCAUCAUUUUCGGCUUUUUCGGCGCUUAUCAGUAUCGUCCAAAGUAUGUAAUAGCGUAUUUGUUAUGGCACAUUUUUUGGAUGGGUUGGAACGUGUUCAUGAUUUGCCUUUAUCUUAAUUUAGCUGGAUUGGAUCAUGAGAAAAACAAAGUGCUCAAAUUGGACUUGAACAGCGACAGUUGGUGGAAAAAGCAAGGACCAGGUUGUAAAAUCAAGGAUGUCGAUGCGAUUCCUGUGGAAUUCGAAGGAUGUUUGAUAAAUUAUGUUCACGUGGAGAUUGUCCAGGCUGGCAUACAAUGCUUUUUGGCUUUAUUUAAUAGUAUUAUUGGCAUCUGUCUAAGUCGUACGUUUUUAGAAGAAGAUGAUACAUCGUCAUGUAAAUCAGCUAGUAGCAAGACCAAGAGCAAGCCCGCCAAGCACCGGCUCUCUUUGUAUUCCAUCGAAUUCAGCUCGCAACACGAUAACCGCCAGGCAGACAGCGACAACGAAUUUGACCAAGUUCCCACCCCGGUGUCACCGAAACCCAUGACGCCCCGGCGAGUGAAAAGGCGCAGCGUCAUGACGAGAGGCUCCUCGGGCCGGCACAGCACCAGCAGCCACAGGUCCCACGCCAGAUCGUCCACCAGAUCCAGGAAAAUGGCCCAAAACCCGGUGACCAGGCUGCUGGAGCAGCAGCAGAAGAAGGCCUACGACGCUCCAUCGAUGGAAUCGCCGUUGUCGAACUACUACAACGCGCCGAACCCCAACCAGAAUUGGGGACACGCCAAUCCGAACUACCAGCAGUCGUCCCAGCACAGCCUGAACGAGACCGAGGAGCUGGAGGAGUUGUACAACAACCGGCCGGCUUCGGUGGGAUCGAGCUACUCUAAUUUCCACGGUGCCAGGACUAUUAGUUACUCGCCUCCCAAGCACUAUCACGGGCACGCGACCCCGCAGGUGCCCCAGAAAAGGGGCCAUCCUCACAGGAACAGCAUGAGGUCCAUGGCGUUUCUGAAUAGCGGCCCUCCCGCUUACACUUCCCAUGGUCAGUUGCCUUUAGAUUCUGAAACUCCGAUGUAACCAAGUUAUUUAUUUAUAUUAGGAUUGUUCUAGUAUUUAAUUAUAAACUGCAUAUCGCCGGAAAUAGUAGUAAAUAUAAGGAACGGAUGGUUUAGCAAGUAUUUGAAAUUCGUUAUUAGUUGGUGUGGUCUUUCUUUAUAUUUAAUGCUUUUUCUGUUAUCGUAACGGAAAGAAUAAUAUUGAAUAGUUUGUAAGAAAAAUACUGAGAAAAAAUACCUAUAAGUAAGUAUAGUCAAUUUUUUGAUAUAAAUGAUGACCUUCAUCAAGUCUUAUAUUAUUACAAUUUGCUUGAAUAACGAAUAAACUCGCUUUAGAUAUAAGUUCCUGUAAUGUGAUAUAAUUUUAGAUGCUUCAUCUCAUUCCAUGAGCCAAAAUUAUCUCCUGUGAGUUUGGAAACAUUUCAUUCAUAUCGUAUUUAACAAAAAAAAAAGACUGCUUCAUGCUCAAUGGUUAUUAGCAACAAAAAAACGAAUCUACAAGUAACUAUUUUGAUAAUUAUGUAUGUAUGUAUUAGUUUUAUGUAAUUGAAAUCAAAAUGAAAGUGCAAUUUUUAAUUGAUUUUUGCAAUACAAAUGUUUCCCUUGCCAUCAUUUUAUUGUACAAAUUUACACGUUUGUUUUUAUACAUUUCAUAUUUCAACAUAUCGACUUAAGCCAAUUUUGAUCCCAACUAAUAAAGAUAUAUUUAUCUUAUUAGUAUUUAUUUAGGAUUUAAAUUUGUAUGACAUAUACCUAUAGAAAUAGAAGCAAUUUGUAAUUUUUUAUUUCUAUGUUGGUUGGGAACACAACAACAUAAGAAUUUUAGAAAAAUGAAAUAUUUUAAUACCGAUUGCUCGUAUUUAUGAUACGCGAGCACAGCGAAUUUUUCUAAAAUUACUGUGUUUUUAGAUCGUAAAUAUUUUUACCAAAGCGUACGGAAACCGUAUUUUAUUAUGUAGUUUUUUACACAAUAAAUUUUUUUAAGUA